CCGCCGGGGGCGGGAGGGCUCGCCCCGCCCGCGGGCCCCACCGGCAGCGCCGCCCGGCCAGGCCCGGCCUUCUUGCCCCGGGGAGGGAAGUUAACGGCGGGCCGCGCGGGGCAUGCAGCAGAGCCGGGGGGAGGAGGAGGAGCUGGAGGAGGCGGAUGACGGCCCGGAGAGGGCUCUGGAGAAGAGCCCCUUCCAGCUGACGGCCGGGGAUGUCUAUGAUAUCUCCUCCGUGGUGGGCCGGGACCUGCUGCAGCUCAGCGCCGGGCCACAUGUGCCCGCCGCCCUGUCCCGGCUGCAGUUCAGGAUCGUGAGGGUGCUGGAAAUGCUGGAAGCGCUGGUGAGCGAGCAGAGCCUGGCCGAGGAGCAGCUGCGGAUGGAGCGGGACAGCCUGCGGCGGGAGGUGGAGACGCUGCGGGGACAAGGGGCCCAGGAGAGCUCCCCGCAGCUCAGCCUUGGACCAGAUCAGAUGGUGAUAGACCUCAGGGAUCCCAACCGGCCCCGGUUCACCUUACAGGAGCUGCGGGAUGUCUUGCAAGAGCGGAACCAGCUGAAAGCUCAGCUCCUUGUGGUGCAAGAGGAGCUACAGUGCUAUAAGAGUGGGAUCACCUCACAGAGAAAGGACCCAAUUGAAGAACUGGAAAAAGCAGCCAGUGGCAGCAGCCGUGGCAGCAGCAAGGACAGCGAAGAGAAGACAAUCAUCAAACGGCUGUUCUCUUUUAAACAUGGAAAAUGAGCAUCCUGGAGAACUUAACCACUUUUGUUCAGAAAAGGCACUGAUGAGAACUCUUAAGGCACAAGAGGAGUCAAUUGGAAGAAAAAGCACCACUCUUAACUGUGGAGAAAAAGCAAUCUCAUGAGAAUUGUGUUGUAUAAUAUUCUUUCAGAAUAGAUUUUACUUUGCUUUUUUAGAAACUGUUGAAGACAUACUUUUUGUAUUUCUCAGAGUCUGACCAGACAUUACCUGCACAUAGAGAAUGUUUAUACAAAGAUGGGGUUUAUUCUUACUGAAAGAGCCUGUGAUGAUCUGUACCACCACUUGUUUAUCCUGUACACUUAUCAAAAUUCUCAGCCCAGAUGAUUUUGUAGGAUUAAGACAUUUGUAAGAGCUACAUGCCAUUCACGAGUGCAUUCAUAGAGAGGAGACCUGGGAAGGAAGAACCCAUUCAGACUGCAGUCCCCACUGCCCUUAUGCAGAAAGUAAUUCUCUUUCACCAACACAGAACUGCUUGAAGAAAACCCCAGCGUUGCUGUUUAAACUGUGUCUUUCUUUGCACUAGAUGGGUGAUACACAGACAGCAGCAGCCUGUCACACCCCACCAAAGGAAGAUGCAGUUGGGCUGUGACAACAGAAGCCCUGCACACACAGGAGUGGCUCAGCUUGGGGCUGAGAUCAAAGAUUGGAGAAAAGCACAAUGGGGAGAAGAGCUGCUGCAUCUUGCUUGGCCCACGUGAAGGACUGAUGUCUUUUCAGAGGUGUGCAGACAUGCUUAAACUGGAACAGAUGCACCAAAUGUUUCAUUUCUGACAGCUAAAGGUCUCCUGUGGUAGACAGUUGUAUUUUUUGUAAGCUCUGUUCUUUCAGUCAGCUGUCACUAGCUGAGUAUUAGCCCAAGUAAUGAGAUUUAUGACUAGUGGAAGCACAUAGGGCAAACAGAGGAGUACAAAAAGAAGCCUGAAAGAUACCAAUUAGGUUCCCUAUUUAAAGAAACAGAAUUUCCAGAGAGGAAGAGGCUCAACAGUAAUAAAAGGAGCAGUGACAGCUGUCAAACUAUGAUCUUACUCUCUUCAGAAGUGAAAGCAGGCUCUGAAAUCUUUUGACUCCCUCUCAUACCCUAGCAACGUGAAAAAUAGGACACUUCACACAUCUGCUGAGAUGCAGAGUGAACGUGGCUUAGCAGCAGGCAGAACUGCAGCCUCCUUUCAGAGAGAAUUUGUUAGCAAGGCAACAUCAAAGGCAUCUGGCCUAGGCAGGCUGGUUUAGCCAGGGCACAGAACUGCUAAGGGCAUUUUGUCACUUUCAAAAUAUUAAGCCUUGGGCACAUCCCCACAAUGUAUGUUGUAGAGCAUGGUAGCAGGGAAAGAAGUCACUGCAUUUCCUUAGCAGAGGCUUUGUGUUGAGAGGGAAAAAAAAGAAAGGAAAAAGUAACAAUCGUGCAUCAGCAACAGCCAGGAUAGACUACCCAGCUGAAGUGAGGUGUUCAGAUGUGCUGUGAACUCCGUCCUCUUCUGUGGUCUAUCCAGGGAUUUAUUUUUCAAUCUCCUUUAAAAAGGAGGGAGAAGGGGAAUUAUGCCCCAAAACACACUAAUCACUCUAAGUCUUAAUGAGACUCUGGUGCCAAGUGAGCUGCACAGCUUCUCUCUCAAAAGAGGCACAAAUUCCUUGGCUAUGGCCACAACAGGUGACAGUCCUGUUGGAGCAACCAUCACCUCUGGCAAAGCCCCACGAGCCUGACUAAAGCAGUUCAGCUCCCAAACCAAGGGCAUCUUUCCCUGCCAAGCGCUUUACACGUUAUUAGAAAAUGAAAUCUUCCUGUAAGGCACAGGGACAAAAAUCCAAAUGGCAUGUUGCUGUGACAAGUAUUUUGAGAUAUAGAUAUAUUUUAUGUAAUGGUUCCUAGAAAAGUAAAGGAUACAUACUCAGUGCAACAUCAGCUUUAUUACCAUCUUCCAAUGCAGUGCUACUUGAUUACCAGUAAAGCAUUUCAGAGAAGACAAUUUUCUUAUUAAGUAGGAAGAGAUAUUCCCCCUUCCUUAUUUACAAAAAUGAUGCUAAGAACAGAGGUUUUAAGCUAUUUAACCUGACAGAGACCAAGCAAAUGUUUAAAUUAAAAAAAAAACAACAACCAAAACAAAAAGAAACCCAACACAAAAAGAAGCAUUUUAUUCCAAUUGUGACUUAAGGGAAGUGCUCUAGUAAAAGCAGAUACUGUACACUGUCUCUGCUACUGAGACCAAAAAUAAUUCAGUGCCAACUCAAAUAAGUCAGCCAAGAAAGCUUACCUGUAACUCAGUACCUGUAAGGUAACAGGACUCCAGUUAAUUCUUCAGAAAUGGUGAAAAUACACAGGCUGUCUCUGAUGAGCUUGCCUUGUGUUAAUUGGUAAAUGUAAAGCAUUUACAGCUAAGGAUUUUCACAGCUUUCCUUCAAAAUGCUAACAAUCUGCAAUGGGCACAGGUACUAUAGCAGCCACUUCAUCAAUAAUAAAUAUAUUCUUUAUUUUACAGAGA